AUGGAACAAACCUAUUCUGACACUAGUGCUGGUGAUAAGAUUGAGGUAUACGAAUUCUUGGAGGCUUUGGGAUUAUUAGAUAAUGAAGUCUCACCCGUCAACAUGGAUGAUGAUGACAAUAACGAAUCUAACAUCGACGAAGAAGAUGGUGAUGAUGAUCAGGACAAUUAUUGGGACCCUAGGAAAAGAUAUACCGGAUGGGAUUAUAAAAGAC